AUGUUCCGAAUAGCAUUAAGGCGCACCGGCGCCUCUGCCUCCAACGUAUUUCAAUGCACGACGCGAUCAAUAUGCACCGACAAUGCACGACCAACGCUGCUCUCGCGACACACCAUUCACGUCAACACACUACUCACACCGCGCCUCCCACGACCGCGACACUUCUCGCUUGCGCAACGUAUCCGACGCAGCUUCCGCGAAGCUUCCAAAGGCAUUUGGCGCAAGAACCCAAUUCUCCUCCCGCUAGCCAUCCUCUCCGUCGUAGGCGGCGUCGCCACUUUCGCCUACAUCUCUUACGUGGAAUUGACGCAGGUGGCUCCCCAGUACAGCAAAUUCCCGCCGCCCGUAGCAGACGCACUACGCACGGGGGUGUAUUACACGGAGAUCAACCUCAACGCGCCCAAGGCGCUGAAGGCGUACAAGGCAGCUCUGCGGAUGGCGCUGGAAAUGGGCAUGCACCCGUUCUCGGACGAGGUUAUGGGUAUCAAGCUGCAGGUGGCGAUGAUGCUGGAGAAGGCGGGUUUGAUGAAGCCGGCUAUUGAGGUGCUGGAGCGGACGAAGACUGAGGCCCUGGAGUGGGUCGAAGGACUCGAGAAGGAAACUGCUGCGCCGGACGUAUUGAGGAAGGAGGACAAGUCCACGCCAUCCAAUGUCAAUGUUCAAAUUGACGAUGCGGUGCUCCAGGACGCAGAGAAGGUUCUGAAGGAAACGCAGGAGUUUGAAGCUCGUCAGCGCACCAAGACGCUCCAGAAGGUCAUCGGCAUAGAGAUGAAAUUGGCAGAGCUGUACUCGAGCGACUAUAUCCAGGAGGAUCAGAAAGCGGAGGCUGCGCAGGUCGCCGCUGUGGAACUGUGUCUGAAAGAGAUGCACCGCCGUCAGAAGCUUGGUCUCCCUGUUGGUGGUGGUGGUAGUGGUGGCAGCGGUAAUAGUGAUGGAUCCGACGCCGAUUCAUGGCUGAGCCUGCCAGAGAUUGCCACAGCGCUCACAGAGCUAGCAACCACCUACUCGGCCAAGGAGCGGCACGAGCUAGCCAUGCCGCUCUACAUGCGCGCAUUGGAGAUGAUCCGCGUCACAGAGGGCGACUCGCCUAGCUGCAAGCAGGUUGUUCUUCUGAACGACGUGGCCAGCGCCAUGGCUGGGCAGGCACAGCGGCCGACGGCUCCGCCUCGUAGCUGGCAGCAAAAACAGCAGCAGCAGCAGCAGCAACCGGUCUCUCGGGAACAGACCAUCGAAGCAGCCCGACAGUGGGCACAGAAAGCUCUGGAUGUGGCGGCGCGUAUCCAGCCGCCUGUGCGCGAUGAAGAGUGCGACAUCACCUGCGUCGUGGCCACCUACAAUCUCGGCGAGUUGGCUGAGUUGCAGAACAAGCCGAACGCGGCACGCCAGCUCUACAUUGAGGCUCAGUCGCUGGCAAAGGGUCUUCAGUAUGAGGAAGGAAUUGCCAUGACGGACGCGGCGCUGGAAAGAGUUUCAAAGAAAUAG